UCCGGAUUGGGGGAGGAUGACUUGACCGUCCAGAUAUCCGUGAUCAUUGAGGAGCCGUGGAACGAUUUUUUGCUGGAUAAGGGCUCGAGCGCUCAUCUGCAAUUGACCCGCAGAAUCCAAGGUGGAUUUGAUGGCUACUAUGAAGACAUUGACGGCACUCAGAUGGUACGAGUCCUCCGAUUCGCGCCAACCACGCGUAAAGAGAUCCUGGCUGUUCUGGAAAUGACGAUUUCGGGGACGCCCAACGUUGAGGACAUCAAGGACAUCCUUAUUGAAAGGUUGCGUGAGGGACGAAUAGGUGACCUGGCCAUUGGGGAAGGUGGCCCCUCUUGGUGGCAUAUAAACGACAGCCCUGGUCCAAGCACAAGCAAGUGCCUCAGCAAUGAGCUGUUUUGCCCUUCGGGUGAAUGCAUUGGUACAGAUAGGCUAUGUGAUGGCAUUCGGGACUGUUUGGAUGCCUCUGACGAACUUGAGUGUUCAAACCAGUGCAACUUUGAUCAACAUGAAUGCGAUUAUGGUUUCUGCAUUGACAAGAGCCUCAUCUGUGAUGGCAAGGUUGAUUGUCCCAGCGAUGAUUCCGACGAACGUAACUGCCCAGAUGCGAACAUCAUCCCGUCUCCAUUGCCGCAACCCGUGGGCUGUCGGGCAGACACCCAGAUUGUGUGCCCAGGUUCGAACACUCGGAUCUGCGAGUUCCAGGCUUGCGACGGAGUCGAAAACUGUCCCAAGAACCCGCUCUCGGACGCAAAAUCGUGGGAUGAGGAAGAUUGUCCGGUGUAUUCGAACAUCACCUUCGAAACUCCGACCACAGAAAAACCGAGAUUGACUUUUUCCGUCACGGUGAGUCCGAAAGUGCAGAUUGUCCCCGUGGGGUCCACCAUCACCCUGGAUUGCUCGGUGGAGCCCAAUGAUUAUUUAGGAACCCGCAUCCCAAGCUUGGACUGGAACAAAGAGGAAGGCUCCAUGCCUUUGAAUCGGAUCACUUUGGGACCUUUGGGCACUUCCAUGCAGAUCUCGAGCGUCAAGAAGUCGGAUGCUGGCACUUACAUUUGCUCAGGAAUGGCCAGUCUGAACGGGGUCUUGGUAAAGAAGUCCGAUGAAUCCGUUCUUCAAAUUAAACUUUGCGAAAGCGAUGAGUUCUCUUGCGAAACGGGAGAGUGUCUCAAGAGCUAUGAGCGAUGCAAUUAUGUUAAAGAUUGUCCUGGAGGUGAAGAUGAAUUCAAUUGCCCUUGCCAAACGCCGGACUUGCUUUGCGGAGAUGGUUCCACGUGCAUUGAAUCCGGAAAAGUGUGCAAUGGAUUCCGAGAUUGUCCCACAGGGGAAGAUGAAAGCAACUGCGAACAAGAAUGUCCUGGAUUCGUGUGUCAGAGUGACUCAAAAUGCAUCCUUAAUUCUCAAGUCUGUGAUUACAACUCGGAUUGUGACGACCAAAGCGACGAGCUCAAUUGCCCUUGUGAUAUGGAGACCGAAUUUCCAUGCGACCCAUCCAAUCCACCGGGUGGCCAAUGCCUGCCUUUGGACAUGAAGUGUGAUUCCUACCCCGAUUGUCCGGAUGGUCGAGAUGAAGACAAUUGUCCAAUUACCACUUGCCGACCAGACCAAUUCACUUGUGACACCAAUCCCUUCUCCGGUGCCAUUUGCAUUUCCAGUAAUCUUCGUUGCGAUGGCCAAUCUGAUUGUGAUAACGACGAGGAUGAACGGGGUUGUCCAAAUCCCACAUGCCGUCCAAACCAGUUUACUUGCGACUCAAAUUCGAUCACGGGCACGGUCUGCAUUUCCAUGGACCAGAAGUGCAACGGGGAAAUAGAUUGCGAUAACGGCGAGGAUGAACGGGGUUGUCCAAACCCCACUUGUCAACCAGAUCAAUUUACUUGCGACUCAAACUCGAUCACGGGCACGGUUUGCAUUUCCAUGGACCAGAAAUGCAACGGGGAAAUAGAUUGCGAUAACGGAGAAGACGAACGAGGCUGUCCAAGCUUUACUUGCCGACCCGAUCAAUUCACUUGUGAAACCAACUUCUUCUCCGGUGCCGUUUGCAUUUCCAGUAAUCUUCGUUGUGAUGGCCAAUCUGAUUGUGAUAACGACGAGGAUGAACGGGGCUGUCCAAGUCCUACUUGCCGUCCAGACCAAUUUACCUGUGACUCAAACCCGAUGACGGGAACGGUUUGCAUUUCCAUGGACCAGAAAUGCAACGGGCGAAUAGAUUGCGAUAACGGCGAGGACGAACGAGAUUGUCCCCUAGUGUGCGCUUCCAAUGAGGUCAAAUGUCCGGGCGCCGAUAUUUGUGCCAUUCCGUGUAACAAUUUCAUGGAAUGUCCAACGGGCGAAGACGAGCUGAAUUGCCAGACCACGACCACACCCAUCCCUCCGACCCCGCCUCCCACGCCCUCGUGUCGACCCAAUGAAUUCGAGUGUCGUGAUGGAACUUGUAUCAGUGUGGACCUAGUCUGCAACUUGGAGGACAAUUGUGUGGAUGGAUCGGAUGAAGAUCCGAACCGAUGUGCUUGCGAUCCACCAAAUAUCCGAUGUAGUUCUGGACGAUGCUUGGAUCAACGUCGAGUUUGUGACGGGUUUGAUGAUUGCGAUGACGGAUUUGACGAGUUCAAUUCCAUGCCUGAUUGGCAGUCAAAGGGGGCCGGUUUGGUCCUAGUGAUGGUGCUAUUGGUAGUUGCUGAUGGCCAGGAAAUUAAUAUUCCAGAAGAACGACCUCCUGCCUUGCCGAGUCGAACCUGUGGUCCAGCUGAAGCCACCUGUGCCAAUGGAGAUUGUGUCCUCAAGUCCUUGGUGUGCGAUGGAAACUUUGAUUGCGCCGAUGGGUCCGAUGAGAGAAAUUGCAGAGGUGGCGAUGGUUGCGAACCCAACGAGUUCCAAUGCGAUAACAAACGAUGCGUCCUUAAGACUUGGCGAUGCGACUCGGACGACGACUGUGGAGAUCAAUCGGAUGAGAGCUUUUGCGCCACGAAUCCUCCGGGAUCACCUUGCAAGUACCAUGAAUGGAUGUGUCAAACCGGGGAUCAAUGCAUUCCCAAGUCGUUCCAUUGCGACGGAGAAAUGGAUUGCCAGGAUCAAAGCGACGAGAUCGGAUGCACCCCUCCAAUCAUCCUCGAGUCACCGCCUGCCCAAGUGAUCGUGGACCCAUCCUUCACCUUCGUCAUUAACUGUACUGCCAUGGGCAUUCCCACCCCUGAGAUCGUUUGGAGACUCAAUUGGGGCCACGUCCCGGACAAAUGUUCCAUGACCAGCACUCCCGAGGACGGAAAUCGAGCUUUUGGCGAACUAACUUGUCCAAAUGCUAUGGAUAUGGAUCAGGGAGCCUACUCCUGUGAGGUCAUCAACAGCAAAGGAUCCUGUUUUGCGGGCUCCCCCGGGUGUGGUCAACCAGGCCAAGAUGCCAUUGUCGUUCUCAGAAGGCCCGAUGGGAUCUGCUCCCCAGGUCAAUUCAACACCAAUGCCAUGUCUGAAAAGGAAUGCUUGCCUUGUUUUUGUUUUGGGAUCACUGAAGAGUGCUCAAGUGCCGAGCUGUUCCUAACAGAAACUCGGAUUCCCAAUAAUGGCUACAUCCUUGUGGGCGUGUCAGUGGAUUCUAGUGGUAUGGCGAGCAUUGAGCCCAAUAUCCAAGGUGGAGAGUUGCUCAAAUCCACGCGUGCGGGGCAAAUCGCGUUUUCCCAAGAUACCCGAAGUUUCGGGUCCAACACGCCAUUCUUCAAGCUUCCUAUUGACGGAAACCAAUUGAAGAGCUACGGAGCGUACCUUAGCCUCAAUCUUCGCUAUUCAGGCUUUGGCGAUCCCACCCAAGCUCCGACAUUGGUUUUGAUUGGAAACGACUUGACCCUGAUGUAUAUCGUUCCAAGCAACGAGCUUAAGGCUAAUGAAGCCAACGCCUUGAAGAUUAGAUUAUGGGAAGGAUUGUGGUUUAAGAGAGCUUAUCCCAAUGGCCAAGGAGUCCAAGGAGGUGUUCCUGCCACGCGAAACGAAAUCAUGAUGGCCUUGCAGAACGUUCAGCAUCUUCUCAUCAAGGGUCAAUACCUCAGUGAUGUUGUGGACACCACGAUUGAGAGUCUUAAGAUUGGGUCAGCCGAAAAUCAAGACCAAGGACUCGGUCCCGCCACCCUGGUGGAACAAUGCCGAUGUCCCAAAGGCUACAUGGGUCUGUCUUGUGAGGAAUGUGCUCCGGAUUAUGAACGAGUUCAACAAGGCCCUUGGAAAGGAGUUUGUCGUCAACCUGUGGCCAGUUGUCCACCUGGUUAUUAUGGCGAUCCAUCCGGUGGCAUGGAGUGUCAAGUGUGUCCUUGUCCAUUGCAGUCGCCCUCGAAUCAGUUUGGUCGCGAAUGCUACCUGGAUAAUGACAGAGAAGUGACUUGCCGAUGUCCCAUGGGAUAUGAAGGUCGUCGUUGUGACCAAUGUGCUCCUGGCUAUAAUGGCAAUCCAACCAUUCCCGGAGAUUUCUGCAAACCAGACAUAAUCAUCCAACCUCCAACAUCGGUGUGCGCCAACAAUCGCAGAUUGGAGUGCUUUGACGGGCUCCUGAUUUGCGACGAGAAGAGGUGCGACGGCGUCAUUGAUUGUUCUCAAGGAGAGGAUGAGCUGAACUGCGGCAACGGAAAUCCCAAUGUUCAAUGCUUGCAGGCAAAUUGGAUGUUUUGCUUGAACGGACAACCUUUCUGUCCUGUGCAACGCUGCGAUGGAAUCCGCGAUUGUCCAGAUGCACGUGAUGAGCAAGGAUGUAUCUUUUCCGAAGGACCUGCUGUCCCACCUUUCAACUCGUUUCCAGCCGUUCCACCAACAAACUCUCCAGUGAGACCUAAUAAUCCGUCAUAUAAUCAGGAUGAAGCCUGCACUGCUGAUGAAUUUGCUUGCUUGGACGGCACUUGUAUUCCCAAAUAUCUGAGAUGCAAUGGAGUCACCAAUUGCCGAGACUUAUCCGACGAAGUUGGAUGCCAAUCCUGCCAGUCAGAUCAGUUCCAAUGUCCAGAUGCAGCCAUCUGUAUCCCGAUAACGGGACUUUGUGACGGAAUCAAAGAGUGCCCAGAUGGCGCUGACGAGCGGGAUUGCCUGAAAGAGUGCAGGCAGACCGAAUAUCAGUGCAACGAUGGAGCUUGCAUUCGAUUGGAUCAGCGAUGUGAUGGAGUCCUUCAGUGCGCCGACUUUUCCGAUGAGCAGGAUUGCCCAAUCAAGUGUGGAGACAACGAAUUUCUUUGUUACAAUGGGCUCUGCAUUGCGUUGGAGAGGAAAUGCGAUGGAUGGAACCAAUGUCCAUUUGGUGAAGAUGAACUCAAUUGCCCAUCCAAGGAUUGUGAUGCAAACGAGUUUCAAUGUGCUGAAGGCAAGUGCGUUGAUAGGGCGAGGAGAUGCGACGGCCGCAACGAUUGUGCUGAUGCGUCUGACGAGGCUAAUUGUCCAAAGCGAUGUUCAACCGACGAUUUCGUGUGUUCCGAUGGUUCUUGUGUUCCAAAAUCAAGCACAUGUGAUGGGAUGGAAGACUGCCGUGAUGGCUCAGAUGAAGAAGGUUGUGCUGUCCAAUGCUCUUCUCAAGAAAUCUCUUGUGCUGAUGGCAGCUGCAUUCCCCUGUGGAUGAGAUGCAAUGGGAGGAUGGAGUGCCAAGAUGGUUCGGAUGAGAGGAAUUGUGCCAACUGCUCCCCAGAGUCCGAGUAUGACUGUGGCCUGGGUACUUGCAUUGGGUUCCACCAAAGAUGUGAUGGGAAGGCCGAUUGUCCCAAUAGAUCCGAUGAAGCCAAUUGUCCACAGACCCAAUGUCAAAUCACCGACUUCCAAUGUGACAACGGGCAAUGCGUGGACCAGAUCUUCCGAUGUGACCGCAACUACGACUGUAAUGAUGGCUCUGACGAAUUUGGUUGCUUCGUGACUUGCAAGCCGGAUGAGUUCCAAUGUCGGGAUCAGACUUGCAUACCUGAAUGGCUGGUGUGCGAUGGGAGCAAUCAUUGCAAUGACGGGUCGGACGAGGACAAUUGCUCGACUACUGCCACAUGCUCCUCAAAAGGAGGAUUCAUAUGUGAUGGGAGGUGCCUCAACGCAAGUCAUCGCUGUGACGGCAAGCCUGAUUGUCGAAGUGGUUUGGACGAAAUCAACUGUUCGUCUGCCUACCCAGCCCCCAAAUUUGAAUGCUGCGAUGGAACUCAAAUCCUUGCGACGCUUCAGUGCAACUCGCGGUUAGAUUGUCCCGAUGGCUCAGAUGAGUUUUAUUGCUCGGAACCUCUUCCUUUUUGCAACAUUGGGGAGUUCUCGUGCUCCGAUGGUCGAUGCCUGCCUUUGAAGUUGAGAUGCAAUGGCCAAAAUGAUUGCUCUGAUGGCUCGGAUGAAGCUUGCGGUUGCUCAGAUUAUUGCCGUGGGGAAGAAUACUUUCUUUGCGAGGACAACUUAUGCCUCAGCAUUAACCCCGGAGAGAGUAUUGCUUGCGACGGAGUUCAACAGUGUAUGGAUGGAUCUGACGAGAAAGGUUGUUUUGCAGACUCAUAUUCCUGCUCCGCCAAUGAGUUUCGGUGCUACAAUGGUCAGUGUAUUCCUCUUUGGACGCAUUGUGAUGGAAUGCCCCAAUGUAGCGACCUCUCUGAUGAGCUCCAUUGUCCGCCUAUUUUUCAAUGUCUCACCACACAUGAAUGUAUUCAUUUAGACCAGAAGUGUGAUGGAGUCGAGCAAUGUUCGGAUGGGUCAGACGAAAUCAACUGCUUUUGGGCUAGGCCUCAAUUCUUAUGCCCCAGCCAGUCAUGUAAUUACCCAGGUGGUAGUUACUUGCCCACACCAGAUCCCAACACGGGGCGUUGCCAAUGCCAGCCUGGUUAUUUUGGAAACUUUUGCGAGAGAUACGAGCCUCCGGGUCAACUUCCUCCGCCAAGUCAGCCUUCGACAAAUGUUUGCCAAAAAGACGAGUUCAGGUCGUUGGAAGAGAACUCUUGCAUCAAUUGCUUUUGCAUGGGGAUUCCUCAAACUAAUGGCGAGCCCACUCAAUGCCAGGGUUCCAAUCUUUACCGAGACAAGGAGAGAGCUGUUUUCAGUGACGACGACUCUUUGGGAUUUGUACUUUCCACCGAGUUCCCAGACGAACCUCCGAUCGACGAUGUUUUUCUCGACUUGGAUAGCAAUGAAUUGAUCCAUCAACCCACGACAAGAGAGAAACUAUUUUGGAAACUUCCAGCCCAAUUCAUUGGGAACAAACUUGUGGCCUAUGGUGGGAUCCUUCAGUUCUUUUUGGGAAACACCCCUGAAAUUUCACAAGAGAGCAUUCUCGAGGCUCCAUUGGUGGAAAUUCAGGGGAACGACAUCCGCCUUCUUCAUUACACCAACACACCAGUCGGACCCAAUGAUCCGUUUGUGGUGAAAUUUAUCGAAAACCAAUGGCAAAGACAAGACGGACAACGGACUGGACGAGAACAUCUUCUCAUGGCACUGGCUAAUUUGGACCACAUCCUCAUCCGAGCCACAUUUGGCGAAGGUCUAGAAGACAUCAGGAUUGGUAACGUGACAAUGGAUGUGGCUGGGGGUCGCGACUCUGGCCUCCCAAGGGCCUCGUCUGUCGAGCAAUGUUCGUGCCCACUCGGAUACAAAGGUCUCUCUUGCGAAAAGUGCUCUCCUGGUUAUACACGCUCCUCUGAAGGCCUCUACCUAGGUCUUUGUCAACCAUGUCAAUGCUACGGAUAUGCAAACACCUGUGAUCCAGAUAAUGGAGUCUGCAUUGGAUGUCGGGACGGCACAACGGGAGCUUAUUGUGAUCGAUGUGAACAAGGCUAUGAGGGUGAUCCAACCCGAGGAGUACCCUGUACUCGAUCCAGCGAAGGGGGACUCACGUGCUCCUGUGACCCAAGGGGAAGUCUAUCGCAAGAAUGCGACAAUUACCAAUGUGAUUGCAAGGCAAAUGUGGAGGGAUCCAAUUGCAAUCGGUGCAGAUCAGGGACAUUUGAUUUGGACGCCUCUAAUCCGAUUGGUUGCUCAGAGUGCUGGUGUGCUGGAGUUACGAAUGAAUGCUUCGAAGCUCCUUUAUAUUGGUCCACUUUGCGGGUGCUUCCAACCGACAAUGAGCAUGGGGUAACCCUGAAGGACAUGGCCAGGCGUGAGGACUUCUCUCGGGACAUUCAGUACGAAAACGGGGAGGUUCACUACAAGUACGCCUCGGAAUCUGAUAAACCAUUGUAUUGGUCGUUACCCGCUCAAUUUAUAGGGAAUAAGAUCGAAUCAUACGGAGGAAAUUUGACGAUCAAUCAAAGAUAUGGAGGCAGCGGAGAUGUAUUGGAUUUGGCCGAUGUGAUCAUGGUUGGAAACGGGGUGGCUCUUCAUUGGAAAAAUCCAGAUCUUUCCUCUUGGACUCCCGAUGAAAGGAUGGAAACGGUUCUUAGUCUGCGCGAGCGAGGUUGGAUCAGGGUGCAAGGAGGGGUUCCAUCUGAAGCCACAAAGGACGACUUUCUAACAGCCUUAUCGAAUUUGGAUGUGAUUCUCAUUCGCGCCACCAUUUUGGAGUACACCUCCCAAACCUCACUAAGAAAAGUCACGAUGAAUGUCGCCGUCCAGCAAGACACAGGAUUCCCAUCAACUGGGAUCGAGGAGUGUCAAUGUCCCGUGGGAUAUCAUGGAAACUCGUGCCAAGAAUGCGCUGUGGGUUAUUACCGAGACCCAUCCGAUCGCUCCGAAGGGUCCCUUGGGCGAUGCACACCCUGUCGUUGUAGCGGCAACGAACAGGAAUGUAGCUUAGACAGUGAAGGAGUGCUUCAAUGCACCUGCCAACCUGGAUACAGUGGGCCCCGUUGCGAGUCCGUAGAAUCGACCUGACGAGCGUCCAAAUUACAAUCGACCUGACGAGCGUCCAGACUAUGGCCGACCAAAUUAUGGCCAAACAGGAGGCGUGGAAGUCAGCCAAGAGCAGUUUGAGGGACCUCUCGGGGGAAAUGCUGAACUGAGGUGCCUUGUCACUGGCAAUAUGUCUGACAUAAAGCAGCAAUGGCUUCGAUCAAAUAACCAACGCUUGCCCUCGGGUUCCUAUGAGAGAGGUGGUACCCUAUAUUUGAGAGACUUGAUGAGAGAAGAUGGUGGACAAUACACUUGCCAAGGGGUUGACUCGAGCAACAGAGUGUUGUUCCGAGCCACUACAAACCUUCUAGUUACAGCUCCCCCUCGAAUCAUUUUGGAUCCGGCCAAACAAGUGGUGAACCUCGGCGAAGACGCCCGCAUUGCUUGUGUGGCUACAGGAGAUCAACCAAUUGAAAUUAAAUGGACGAAGCAAAAUGGCCGGCUACCCCAAAGUGUCAUGGUUCAGGGUGGAAUAAUGGAGUUCCGCGGCAUUUCUCCCUCAGACCAAGGGAAAUAUGUGUGCUUGGCCGCAAACAAAGCUGGUCGAGCGGAGGCUGUAGCUGAGGUUAUUGUUCAAGACGACUUGGUGAGAAUCACCUGGCUGGAGGCCGUGCUUUACUCUCCGGAGGGAAAGGUCGUCAAUGAUCCAUUGUACACUUUUAACUUUGAUGAUGAAUUGGAAAGAGAAACAGGGUCAGGGUCCAAAUCGGACAAUGCUGAGGGCUCAGGGGAAAUGGAUGACUGGGACCACGGAAACAGAGGUGGGGGUGUGGGGCAGGGAUCUCCGGAAUAUGACGAUCAGGAACCUGAGAGGGACUACCCACCAGUAGAGCCCUAUGAGUCUAAGGAGAGAUAUAUCGGAGUCAAAGCGUCAGAAGACAAUGAAUAUUCCUACGAAGUGGGUGAUCAAUUCACUGCCAGGGAAGGCAGUUCCAUUGAUUUGCGUUGUCGAUUGGACACGUCAAAUGGUCGAUACUUAACUUGGAACAAAGAAAAUGGCUACAUUCCACGUCAAGCAAUUGAAAUGCAAGAUGGCGUUUUACGGAUCCCGAAUGUGUUGCCUUCGGAUUCUGGUCGUUACAUUUGCUCCAACAAUCAGGAACGACAAUAUGUAUUCCUCACCAUUGACAGUUACCAAGCUUUCACUCAGGCUGAAGUGGAAAUUCAGUCCAAUCGGAACAAAGUCUUUGAGGGCGAUGAUCUGGAACUACGUUGCAGCCUAGUGGGGGAUUCCACGGGAGCUGAAGGCCGAGUGUCCUGGACCAAACUGAAUAGCUUUCUUUCCUCAAACGUGCAGGAUAUGGGAUCUGUCCUCAGGUUUACGAAACUGCAAGAAGAUGAUACCGGAACGUAUCAGUGUACAAUUUACACUUCCCAAGGGAACAUGUUCCAACAGAACUUCGAACUCGACGUGGAAGUGACUGAAAGAGCUGGCACAUUUUUAGGAUCGGGUCCACGCUCUGACGAGUCAAUGAAGAUCAUCCAAGCUGAAGAUGGAUCAAGAGUCACCUUGAAAUGUCGGAACACACUCCAACCCCCCAUCACAUAUGGGUGGAGAAAACACCAGGGCGUGGUCCCAAGGGAGAGCGCCCAAUCACCGGCUAGUUUGACCAUUCCAAGAGUGUCGAGUGACGAUGCUGGGAUUUACAUAUGCAAGGCCAACAAUUCUGAACAUGACAUAGAGCAAUCUGUGGCCUUAGUAGUGACUCAAGUCCUCCCGCACUUUUCUCAGGCGCCUCUUUCCUACAUGGAAUUGCCGACCUUGCCUGACGCAUACCUAAACCUUGAUCUUGAGAUCUCGUUCAAACCCGAAUUAGCCAAUGGUGUGAUAUUCUACAAUGGACACGAUGAGAGAGGCGGAAAGGACUUUAUCUCAUUAAGCUUGAGGAAUGGCAAGCCGGAAUUGAGGUACAACCUGGGGCAUGAAACGGCAAUUUUGACGGCCCCAACGCCAAUCACGUUUGGAAAAUGGCACACCGUCAAAAUAUCUAGGUCGAGAAAAAAUGCGACCUUGGUCAUCGACGACAAUAUUCCCAUCCGAGGGUCUGCCAAAGGUAGAUUUGAUGGCUUGGAUCUCAUGACUCCUUUGUAUUUGGGAGGAGUGCCUUUCCAUAUCAACGUCGAGAAAGUUACAGACCUGAACAACGGGUUCAAGGGAUGCAUCGGUAGAUUUGUCAUUGGAACCCAAGCCUUGGUUCUGUCUCCCGCAAGUCUCAAGAGCAAAGGAGUGGAAUCAUGUGAUUCCUGCUCAAUGGGCCCGUGUGAAAAUGAUGGCAUCUGUCAAGCCAGUGCCAAUGAUCAAGGCUACCGCUGUCUCUGCUUGCCGGGAUUUAGUGGCGAGCAUUGCAAACGAGAAGGCGAAAUGUGCUUUGAAGGCGCAUGCAAUGGGGGUCGAUGCAAAAAUACCGUCAAAGAUUUCGAGUGUCUCUGCCCUUUUGGUCAAGAGGGUCGGUUUUGCGAGGAUGCCGUCAACAUCAACCGACCCGCCUUCUCCGGGAACUCCUAUUUGGCCACGAAUCGACCCAAGCAUAUUCUGAGACAGUUGAAGCUGUCCUUCAAAUUCCGAGCUUUGGAUACGCGAGACAGCGUCCUUAUUUACAGCGCUCAAUCCGAUGAUGGCCAUGGCGACUUUGCCUCAGUCACUCUCAAGGAUGAACAUCUGGAGUUUAGAUUUAAUACCGGUUCAGGCACAGCCAUUCUUAAGAGCCCAGAACCGAUUCAAGUCAAGAAGUGGUACAAGGUGGUCUUGAAUCGGAAACUGAAACACGGCCAGUUGUUGGUGGUUGGCCAGACCCCAGUGAGGGCCGAAUCUCCAGGAUCCACACGAGGCCUUAAUAUUCGUACUCCUCUUUACUUUGGAGGAGUUAAGAGAGAUCAUUUUACCCUAGCGCCAGGAGUGGGCGCAGAACUUGGCUUUAUUGGGUGCAUCACGGACAUUCGCUCCGGAAAAUAUGAGCUAGAUCUACUCAAGACUGUGAUAGAUUCAGCAAAUAUUCGUGAUUGCAGUUCGACAGAAUCCAAAUGCGACGAAUCGCCAUGCGAAAAUGGAUCCACUUGCACCCCCGGAAAAUCCAAGGACAAAUACCUAUGCGUUUGCCAGGAAGGCUUCAAGGGACAAAACUGUCAAUUGAAAACCACUCAAUGCGACAAUUUGGAGCCAUGUCGCAAUGGGGGACGUUGUGAGGGUGGAACAGAGUUCUACAAGUGCUUUUGCCCUUUGGGUUUCGGUGGACGAAAUUGUGACAAAAAGCUCUCGGUAGAUGGGGCUGAUUCAUUAGGGUUUCGUGGGGACAGCUUCAUGGAGCUGGACUGGAAACUUCUUCCCCAUUUUGAUCCCACCAAAAUUGAGACCAUUGAGAUGGAGUUCUCAACAACCAAAGCUGAAGGGUUGCUCUUCUACCAAGAUGGCCCACAGAUGCAAAUCAAGGACAGGGAUUUUCUGGCAAUGUCAAUUGCUAAUGGUUUCCCUCGUUUUGAGUUCAAUCUUGGCGAAGGAUCAGCCGAAUUGAAAGGGGACAAAAAAGUGAACGACGGGAAGCUCCAUCGAAUCAAGAUCAUUCGUAGAGGCCGCAAAGGCUCCAUCGAGAUCGAUGGAGGAGACAUCACGAAAGGCAGUUCCAAGGGCUUCACUGGGAGACUGGAUACGGAUGGGAACAUAUUCGUCGGGGGCGCUAUCAAACCCAGCCAAUUGACCCAUGGGAGAUAUGUGUAUGGAUUCCGAGGAUGUCUUCAUAGACUUGUCGUACAAGGAAGGGAAAUAGACUUCCUCAAAGAUCCAGUAUCGACUGGAAAUCUGGUGCCAUGUUCCUCCACGAGGAAUUCGGAGCAAGUGAAUGAAAUGAGCGUCGUGUCAAAGCAUGAUUACGAGGACCCCUAUACCAAAGCUCUCCGAAAAGAGAUGGAGGAAUUCGACGAAGACAAAUAUUUAGAAAGAAUGAACCGAGUGGGUUAAAAAUGUUGACUCGACAUCAAUGUUAACGUUUAUGUGUUCAAUACAUUAACUAUGUGUGCAACGA